AUGUCGUUCUCCGGAAUGUCCAAUUCGACGCUCGCUGAGAAUCUCUCCUCCCACAAUUCUACGGCCGAUGGAAACAGAAACGAGUGGGGAGCACCUUCCGUCUUUUCAAUCGUCAUCUUCGCCCUCACCUUCCUAUUGGGGGUCCCGGGCAACGGCGCAGUUAUCUGGGUGCUGGGCUUCAAGAUGAAGAGUAAGGUCCACACGGUGUGUUUCCUGAGUCUGGUUGUGAGUGACCUGAUCUUUUGCCUGUCUCUUCCCUUCCGCAUAGCCAACAUCUCCCUGACCUACUCUGGGUACAAACACUACUUUUCCGGGAAGUUUAUUGGAAUCCUGAUGAUCAUUAACACAUCCACCAGCAUAUACCUGUUAUGUCUGAUCAGCAUAUGCCGCUGCCUGGCGAUUACCCGGCCCAUUUGGUUCCAGCAACAUGUGAGGCUCACAUGGAUGCGUGCGGCCUGCUUCGGAGCCUGGAUCCUAGCCUUCUUCAUGUGCCUGCCCGCCCUCCUGAUUCGGGAUUUGAAGAAGGCAUUGACCGUGUUGGAGCCAUUUUGGUUUGUUUUCAUCUUCAGCCUUCCCUUUGUAAUUAUGAUCACCUGCUACUCCCUGGCUGGCUACAGGCUGCAAGGGGACAGUUUCGCGAAAUCUAAGAAACCUAUCCGCCUCAUCAUCACCGUUGUCGUCACAUUCAUGAUCUGUUGGACCCCCUACAUGGUCAACGAACUCGUAUUAACCUUCUCCACAUCGUUCAGCCGGGCCUGGUCGUUAUUCACUGUAGCCCUGGCCUGCUUGAACAGUGCCCUCAACCCCUUUCUCUACGUCUUCGUUAGCGGCAAAUUCCGUCAGAUCUUCAGUCGCUCCUUCCUCGCCUCGCUCCGUCUGGCCUUCGCCGAGCAGAGGUUGGAAUUAGAGACACAGAUCCAGAUCCUCAACCUCACCUCAAAUACGAAUGUCUGA